AUGAAGUUACUUCUGCCACUACUAGUGGGCCUUGGCCUGGGUUUUUCAGGAGCAGAGGGCUUUGUGACCCAUGUGGAGAGUAGCUGUAUGCUGGAUGAAGAUGGAUUGGCAAAGGACUUCACAUACUGUGUCUCCUUCAACAAGGCUACGUUAACCUGCUGGGACUCAGAGACUAAAAAGAUGGUUACCGUUGACUAUGGGAUAUUGCAUGGAAUAGCUGAACAGAUUACCAAUGACAUUAAUCGUCAGAGAGCCUUUAUAUCUCGCCUCAGCAAUGGAUUCCAAGACUGUGCCAGUCACACAAAGCCCUUCUGGGGGGCAUUGACCCAGAGGACACGACCACCAUCAGUGCAAGUAGCUCAGGUCACACCAUUCAACACAAGGGAGCCAGUGAUGCUGGCCUGUUAUGUAUGGGGCUUCUAUCCUGCUGAUGUGGCCAUUUCAUGGUUGAAGAAUGGACAGCUUAUUCCACACAGUGGUAUCCAGAGGUCUGUACAGUCCAAUGGGGAUUGGACUUAUCAGACAAGAUCCUACUUGGCCCUUACCCCCUCUACUGGAGAUAUUUACACUUGCCUUGUAAAGCAUAGUGGGACUUCUCAGGCCAUCUUUCAGACUUGGACACCUGGCCUCUCUCCGAAGCAGAUAGUGAAAAUCUCCAUAUCUGUAUUUACUCUGUGCUUUGGUCUCAUCAUCUUCUUCCUUGGUCUGGUUUCCUGCCAAAAAGCUGGCUCCUCUGAUUAUACUGUUCUCUCGGGAUCCAAUUAUCCUGAAGGAAGAAACAUUUCAUAAAGGUUGAUACUGCAGCCUUGGCUUAGUGGAUAGAGCACUGGGCCCCAUGUCAGGAAGAUUGGAAUUCAAAUCUUGCCUUAGACACUA